AAUGGGGCCGGGGAGAGGGUGCUGUGGUUAGAAAAAGGGGGUGUGUCGCCCACAGGAAUGUGUUCCAUUCAAAACGAUUAAGGGAACGGGAUUGAGCGGGUGGCCAGGUGGGCAUAAUAUCAAGUUAGUUUUGUUAAAGAAAGGUAGGAUUGCAUUCAACCUUAAGUGUUGAUACAGGUUGUACGUGCCGUAAGACUGCAUGCACAGUGAUAGGACACCCGCUUUAUUGCUUCUAUCAUGCAAGGCCAGCAAUCGCCGAUACGAGUUACCUGCCCUUCGGUUUGCUCGCCUGAGAGGAUAGAGGGCUUGGCCUUGCUGGUGAGAUCGAAGCUGGCACAAGGUUUCAGAUAAACCACGGAUGUGUAUAGGUGGACGGCUGUCUGUCUGCCUCGACCAACGCUUAGCCUCUUGCGAAGGUUCUCCGCUGUUAGUCUCGGCGAGCCAUUAACAAUGAAUGUGAAUAAACCGGAAGCUUUGUAUACACCUGCCUCGUUUUAGUAGUUAACUAGAAAAAAAAAUAGUCUGCCAGCAGUCCAGUAAUACAAGUUCGUGGAUAAACGCCAUUCCGUAUCCACUAAGUUUCCCUGCGACGAGUAAAGGAUACAAAGAAGACAAAGUCUUUACUAGGGAUACUAGACAGGAAGUGAGGAGUCAAGAACAAGGAUAAGUGACCAAAAGUACACGAAAUCUGGUUAAAGAUGAUAGAUAAAAUGACCUUUUGGUGAAGUUUUAGAAACCACAAUUUUCUCGGGCCCACCCGUUUGCCCACACCUCGUACGUGCAGGGAGAAGCUCGUGCAACCACAAUGUCGUUGGUGUCAGCUCCUCCGCUACCCCGCGCGCCAGGGGAACUGCGGCAGAGGCUGGAGAAACUGGCUCGGCGCUACGACAUGGAGACGAUGAAGGUGUUCAUGGUGGUGGAGGCGCUGGGCGAGGACUCUGUCCACGCUGUCUACAGCGCGAGUUGCAGGAGCAAGUGGCAGAGCUUCCUGUCUCGCCAAGAAGCCUGUAGACUGGACCUGAGCAGACAUGACAGGACCAGGGAGCGCUACCAGCAGUUUCUCAACAAGGUUGGAAGGGAGGAUCAAAGCAGGGCGUGGUUCCAUGCCAUGAUGUGCACGCUCAAAGAACGAGGAGCGGUGGACAUAUUCGGCUACGUUAGUCGCAACCAUUCUGAUUGCAAGCACGGCCACAUCUAUACCAGCGUCACUAAUCAUCACGAGCACCGGCACCAGAACCAUCACCACCACCACAACCAUCAUCAUCAGCAGCAGCAGCAGCAGCUAAACAACGCGGGGACGCCAAGGGUGUCCAGCCUGGAAGUAAAAGACAUCCGGGAAGGCUCCGCCUUCUGCCUGCACCUGACCCAUCUGUUCGAGACGAAGCUUGGCGAAUGGUUUGACUCGUUUCAGGCCGUGGCGGUGCAGUUGACGGCGCACGUUAAGGUGUCGGGGCUGGUGCGCGUGCUGGGCGGACAGGUGGACGCGCUGUGCACUCGCCACGGUCGCCUACACGCGCUGGUUGUCAAGGUGACGGCGCAGGAUACUCCGCGACCCCUGGACGUGGCCGAGCUGUGCCUGACCAAGGUCUUGGUCAUCCAGAACGGCCUGGCCCUGCCCGAGGAGGUGGGGCUGGCACUGCUGAUGCUGCACCUGCACGCCGCACGGCCUGUACUGCGCCUGUGGCUCGUCACCCCAUCCCCCGAGAUGGAGACGUCCAUCCGCCUCGCUGACGUCGACGACAUGAUCGACGCCGGCAGGCUCAGCCAGCACCAUGAGCUGUGGCCUGCCAAUGCUACCACCAACUACUCCGACGAGCUGACGGCGGUUGACGACCUUCACGUUGCCUAGUGUUACGCUGCCCUGAAAAUUGUGUUGACCGACAACCGUGCCCACGGACAUACAUUCACGUGGUCGUUACCUUUGACCUUUCUUUGCCUAACAGCAGGCACGAUGAUGUUGGGAGGGUCACAUUCUUUCUCUCUUUUUUUUUGUGGGGAAGGGGGACAUCGUCCUUUGAGUGCGCAGUCUGAACAGAACUCACUCUCCAACACUGGUAAUCUCAUGCUGGCUGAAAUGAUGGUACGCAUAAUCCUCAUUUUUUUCUUCCAGAUCUUCCGCACGACUUAACUGACAAGAUUAGAGGAAAUCCAAGAGUUAAAAUGAAAUAAACAAAAAACAAAGAAAAAACA